UGAUGUAUGACACUGCGUGUGAUGUCGCUGCCUGACAGCAACAAUGGCGGCCCCCACAAAACGCGUGAGUGAAACACCAGCCAGCAAAAAAGACAAAAAGAAUAAAAAUCAAGCAGAUGAGACUGAACUGCUGACAGUACCGGAUGGCUGGAAAGAGCCUCAGUUCACCCGAGGGGACAACCCUAAAGGUCUGCUGGAGGAGAGCAGCUUCGCCACCCUUUUCCCCAAAUACAGAGAAGCGUAUCUGAAAGAAUGCUGGCCCCUGGUGCAAAAAGCACUUGGAGAUGUUUUCAUCAGUGCCACACUGGACCUGAUUGAAGGCAGUAUGACUGUCCACACCACUAAGAAAACCUUUGACCCAUAUUCUAUCCUCAGAGCAAGAGAUCUCAUUAAGUUAUUGGCUAGAAGUGUACCGUUUGAACAGGCUAUAAGGAUACUAGAAGAUGAUGUAGCAUGUGAUAUAAUAAAAAUUGGCACUCUGGUGCGAAACCGAGAGCGUUUUGUGAAGAGAAGACAGAGGCUUAUUGGCCCCAAAGGCUCCACACUAAAAGCGUUGGAGCUUCUGACCAACUGUUACGUGAUGGUUCAGGGUAACACAGUCUCUGCUCUGGGCCCCCAUAGUGGCUUGAAGGAGGUGCGAAACGUUGUGCUGGACACCAUGAAGAACAUUCACCCCAUUUACAACAUAAAGACUCUAAUGAUCAAGAGAGAGCUCGCGAACGACCCGGAGCUGCGCACUCAGAGCUGGGAGAGAUUCCUGCCAAACUUCCGCCAUAAGAGUGUCUCCAAACGCAAGCAGCCCAAGAAGAAGAUGACUAAGAAGAAGGAAUACACACCGUUCCCACCCCCUCAACCUGAUAGCAAGAUCGACAAGGAGCUGGCAAGUGGAGAGUUUUUCCUACAUGAGAAUGAAAAGAGACGUAGAAAGAUGAAAGAAAUAAAGGUGAAACAGGCUGAAGCUUUAUCCAAAAGACAAGAGGAGAGACAGAAAGCUUUCAUUCCCCCAAAAGAGAAACCAGCUGUCAAAAAGACCAAAGCAGCAUCUACAGAGGAUAAAAUUGACAUUCAGGCCAUCAAAGAAAAGGUCAAGAAGGCAAAAACGAAAAAACUUGGAGCUCCUCCAGCGAACCCUGACAGCUCUUCUGUCAAAGACACAAAGACGAAGAAAAAGAAAGUCAAGAGCUAAUUCUCGUACUUCAU